CUCUCUCUCUCUCUCUCUCUCUCUCUCUGUAUCCUUUUUCACUUCAAGCUUGCCUUUCUGGGUUGGACUUGAAACAGUCGAGGGAACGCCCCCGUGACGUCAUCAUCGUCGCCGCGGCGAUGGAUUUCCCCAGCCACAGCCGGCAGCUGCUCCAGAGCCUGCGGGAGCAGCGGAGGCGGGGCUUCCUGUGCGACUGCACGGUGCUGAUUGGCUCCUCCCGCUUCCUGGCGCACCGUGCGGUCCUGGCCUCCUGCAGCCCGUUCUUUCACAUGUUCUACGCGGAGCGGCCAGGCAAGCGCGACGGGGCCCCCGUGAACAUCAACUCCGAGAUCGUCACCCCGGCCGCGUUCGGGCUUCUCCUGGACUUCAUGUACGAGGGGACCCUGCGCCUGCACCCCAGCCCGGCCGAAGACGUGCUGGCGGCCGCCAGCUACCUGCACAUGAACGACGUGGUGAGGGUCUGCAAGAGGAGGCUGCAGGGCCGGGGGCUGGCUGAGGCUGACAGCACCAGGAGAGAGGAGGAGGGGGGAGGAGGAGGGGGGGGAGGAGGGGGGGGGGCUGCAGGGGGCGCUGUGCCGGCUGUAAUGGGAGGAGGGCUGAUAACGGCCGUGCCCAUCGCGACUGCCUCGGACCCGAGGGGUGCAGGGGUCCUGGUGCUGCCGGGAGCCGCUGUGGCGGGAGGGGGGGUAGUCACCCUCCUCCUCCUCCUCAUCACGGCGGAGGGGGCCCCCGAGGGUUUGGGGGGGAGGGCGUCAGACCCCAGGCUGGGGGCGACGCUCUUGAGGUCCAGCUGUCGGAGGGAUCGAAAGUCUCCUCCUCUCCCCCCGACGUGGCGGACACCACCCAGCCCGGGAUGGAGCCGGCCGAGGGAUCGAGGAGCUGCUGCUUCGGAGCCGGGACGCACCCCUCCACCCCCACUCCCUCCGCCCUGGCCAGCCCGUGCAGCUCCAGUGAAGUCCUGCUGCUGCAGCAGCAGCAAAACCACGCCCCUGUGGCCCCGCCCCUCCCUGUAGCUCCACCCCUCCCUGUCUCCCAGGCCCCUCCCUUCCCUCCCCCCGCCUCCUCAAACUUCAGCCAACAGCAGCCUAUUCACAGCAGCCU